CGGCCGGCCAAUGGGCGGAGGCGGGGGCGUGCCCGUGAGAUCGGUGGCCGCGGCGCGGGGCUACCUCCUCGUGCUCGGCGUUGAGUGCCUGCCACCGCCGCCGCUGCUGCCGCUGUUGUCCCUGCCCAGCCCGGUUCCGGGGCGCACGCCGUACGGCUCCUGCUGGUGUCCCUGGAGCAUGGGAGGCUGCUGAGCUUGACCGGCGGUGCCCAGCAGGAGCUGCUUCUCUCGCCUGGUGGCAGGGUGGGUGUCCAUGGCUGCAGCCAACAAGGGCAACAAGCCCAGAGUCCGGAGUAUCCGCUUUGCGGCAGGCCAUGAUGCAGAAGGCUCCCAGAGCCACGUCCACUUUGACGAGAAGCUGCACGACUCAGUGGUCAUGGUCACCCAGGAGAGUGACAGCAGCUUUCUUGUCAAGGUUGGCUUCCUGAAGAUCCUGCACAGGUAUGAGAUUACCUUCACCCUGCCCCCCGUGCGCAGGCUGAGCAAGGACGUCCGGGAGGCACCUGUUCCCAGCCUGCACCUCAAGCUCCUCAGCGUCAUGCCCAUCCCGGAAGGUUAUAGCGUCAAGUGCGAAUACUCGGCGCACAAGGAGGGCGUCCUCAAAGAGGAGAUGCUGUUAGCCUGCGAAGGCGGCGCUGGCGCCUGCGUGCGCGUGACUGUGCAGGCGCGCGUCAUGGACCGGCACCACGGCACGCCCAUGCUGCUGGACGGUGUCAAGUGCGUGGGCGCCGAGCUGGAAUACGACUCGGAACACAGCGACUGGCACGGCUUCGACUGAGGCCCGCGCCCCCGCCCGCCUCGGGGUCCCUCAGCCUUAAAUCCCACCUUGUCUCCCCAUGUGCUGCGUAAUGGUGUGGCUUCCUCGCCCCUCCCCGGGGUGCGCAGGGGGCUGGGGUGUCCUGGGGCCUCCAAGGUGGAGUCUCGCCCACGCCUCUCACCUCUGCCUUCAUUCCUAACACCACCCUUCCUCUCCCGCGUCCACUUGCUCCCACUUCCUCCUCUCCGUGUGCCUCAGUCUCCUGCCGGAAGAAAUGGGUUGAGCCCCCAAGGAGGCUAUCUGAGGAGGGGAGAGGAGGGGCAGGGCCUGGGGUGGGUUCUACCCACGCCCACCCCAAGCCAUAGGGCUCCAGCCAGGGCCAGGGAGAGGAGGGGGAUGGCUCUGUUACGGCCGUUUCCCCCGUUACUGCUGCUGCUGUCUCGCUUUUGCCACCUCUCCCAUCUCCUACCUCUUCCCCACUGCUGUCCAGGGUGAGUAGGAGGCAGGUGCAGUCCCCAGUCCGUACUCCCUGGUCUGUGUUACUUGGUUUUUAAACGACUCGUUGGGAUAAAUCCCUAGAAAAAUAAAACUUUCAGUGGACACCA